AUGUCUCUCGAAACCAUCACCACCAUCUCGCCCUCCACGAACCAGCCAGUUGUCACUCGAACGGGCGUCACCUCCGAGGACCUACAGCGAAUCCCGGAGGUUGCACAAGAGGCUUUCCGGUCAUUCUCCCGGUCGACCACUCUCAAACAGCGUCAAGAAAUUGUAACACGUGCAUUGGACAUUCUUGAGAAGAAGAAAGAUGAGCUUGCGCGCGAGCUGACCGAGCAGAUGGGUCGUCCGAUCGCAUAUACCGGUGUGGAGGUAUUGACAGCUAUCAAGCGCAGUCGCUACCUGACCAAGAUCAGUGACUCGGUCCUAGGCGAAGAGGGCGUUGUCCCAGGUGAAGAGGAGAAGGGCUUCAGGCGCUAUAUCAAGCGGAAGCCUGUUGGUGUGGCGUUUAUCAUAUUUGCCUGGAACUACCCCUAUUUGAUCCUUGUCAACAGUUUGAUCCCUGCUAUUCUUGCCGGAAAUGCUGUCAUUUUGAAACCCUCCCCGCAAACUCCGACCAUAGUAGAGCAAUUUGCCGCUGCCUUCGCCGAGGCAGGACUGCCUCAGAACGUCAUCCAAUAUUUCCACUGUGGAUCCCCUACACUACUUGAGACUAUCGUCCGGUCACCUUUAGUCAACCACGUCUGUUUCACAGGCUCGGUGGCUGGUGGCUUGGCUGUGCAGAAGGCCGCGUCAGACCGCAUCGUCAAUGUUGGGCUGGAGCUCGGUGGCAAAGACCCAGCUUAUGUUCGGGACGAUGUGGAUGCAGCGUGGGCCGCGGAGGAGGUCGUCGACGGAGCUAUUUUCAACAGUGGACAGAGCUGCUGUGCGAUUGAGCGGGUCUACGUUCACAAGAACAUCUACAAUACCUUCGUUGAGGAAGUCAAGAAGGUCCUAAGCAAGUAUCGUGUCGGAGAUCCGUUUGACAAGCAAACACAGAUCGGACCUGUUGUUUCAAAGCGAGCGAAGGACACGAUUCAGGCCCAUGUAGCCGAUGCGAUCCAGAAGGGUGCCAAGGAUGAAACUCCAGCGAAUGAGACAUUUGAAAACCCUCCUGCGGAGGGCAACUACGUCAAACCUACGCUUCUGACGGGCGUGAACCAUGACAUGAUUGUCAUGACGGAGGAGACCUUUGGUCCUGUCAUCCCUGUUAUGAAGGUUGACAGCGAUGAGGAAGCUAUUAAGCUGAUGAACAGCAGCGAGUUUGGACUGACUGCCAGUGUCUGGACCAAGGAUGUGGCUAAGGCUGAGGAACUAGUUGAGCAGGUGGAGGCGGGAACUGUCUUCAUUAACCGAUCUGACUAUCCUAGUCCGGAUCUCGCAUGGACCGGCUGGAAGAAUUCGGGACGGGGCGUAACUCUGAGCAGAUUUGGAUUUGAGCAAUUUGUCAAGCUCAAGAGCCACCACAUCAAGGCUUACCCUAAAUAA